AAUAGGGUGUGCCCAUCAGCGUGCCCCCUUGCAUUACGUGUCACCAUCAGAAGUGCUCCUUUACAUCAAUUAUCCCCAUCAGAGUGCCCCUUUACAUCAGGUAUCCCCAUCACAUUGCCACCUUACAUCAGGUAUUCCCAUCAGAGUGCCCCCUUAUACUCAAAGUACUCCUUUCUAUCAUAUUUCCCCAUCAGAGCGCCCCUUUACAUCAUAUUCCCCGUCAGAGUGUCCCUUUCCACAGUAUGUGCCCAUUUGUGCCCCCUUAAUAUAAAAUGGGCCAUAGUGCCCCUUACAAAAUGUGCCCAUCAGAGUGCCCCUUAACAUAAAAUGUGCCCAUCAGAGUGCCCCUUAGCAUAAAGUGCGCCCAUCAGAGUGCCUGUUAACAUAA